UGUUAAUUUGUUUUUGUUUGUUCAUUUAAAUUGUAAUACAAGAUCUAUAAAAUAAAACUUAUAACAUACUCUUAUUAUUUUGUUAACUUCAUCAAACAUGGCUGAAGGUGCAAACUUUGCCCCUAAUUUGGCAAACAACCCAUCAAUAUUUGAAGUAUCAGCAUCAGAAGUGCUCGACAAUCUGAUCUAUCCAGCUUUUUCAAAAAUAUUUGACUACAUCGGAUUGAGACUCAACAUUCAUGUAAAUGGAACUACAUUCUCUGAAGAUCUCUCGCCAGCUGUAACCUUUGCACUCCAAUAUUUCUACCUCAGGCAACGGGGUGGCUCGUUUGGGGAAAGUUUUUAUGGCUUACAACGAACGACGACGUUAAAUGAAGACCAAAUUUCAAAUCGAAAGAAAUUCCUGUCGGCUACGCUUCUCACACUUCUGCCUUAUUUAGAGAGAAAACUUCGACAGCGUAGCACACAACACGAAGCCAGCCAGUGGGAGGAAUAUUUGAUAAAAGCUUUCCAUGCUUACAAUGCUGCCAAGGCCGUUAACACAUUCCUAUAUAUCGCUAAGUAUUCAGUAUGUCAUUCACCGAUUCUGCGUUUUCUUGGACUGAAAUUACGUUAUCCAUCGAAGGAACAUCGCGAAGACAGGGCUUCGUUCAUGAUCUUGAAGUUCCUAGAAAUGAUGGCAUUUUUCCUGCAAUUCAUUCAAUGGUGGUACUCAAACAAGCAACGACAUAAAAUCGGCGGUCUACAAAAUCCCGAUGCCAUCAGGAAAUCCAAAUUAGACGAACUUCACAUCCCCAAAACUGGAAUCUGUCCUAUUUGCCUAAUGAAGAUCUCGAACCCUACCGCAUGUGCUGUAUCAGGUUACGUUUUCUGCUGGAAAUGCAUAGCCAAUCAAAUAAAACACAAAAAGAAGUGCCCCGUCACUGGUUAUCCUAUCAGCAUUGAAGACCUAGUAAGGAUCUAUGAGAAUUAGUUUAAGUUUAAGGUAGAAACGAAAAUGUGAAUGGUUUGGGUUGCAAACUAUGUUUGCUUGGUAUGUAUAUUUCUAAUAAAAAUUAAGUAAAAUGCACUAUAA